CUGGUUAACUCGGCAGCCGCACUGCGCUUGCGACUCGUUUUGCAAAUUCAUUCAAUGCAGUUACGUUCAAUUCUAAUUCAAAGUUCUUCAGAACCGAAAGGUUUUAAAAUUGCAACCCUCUUUUUUUAUUAGCCAGUUAUCGAUUUCUGAAAAAAGUUUAGUUUAGAAUUUUAACAUUGACAUUUUGUUUUUGGAAUGUCCCGAUAGUGAUGUCAUAAUUUAAAUCUGAAUUAUUUUGCUGCUUAGUAUUAGAAUGAAAAUCACUGAAUCGCUCGUGAAUGGAAAUGAAGCGGCGGCUCAUGAAAGCUGUUACUCUAUACCGGCGAACAACAUGUCUGGUGGUUCUCAUGUGUCGCGAACUACAUUCGGCGGAGCCGACUCCGAGAUGUCCAGUGGUAGUGCUCCACCGCUUCCCAGUCCAGCAUCGGCUGGAGCCGCACUAGUCUCGCCAGAAACUUUAAGCAGACACAGCAGUCCGCCCCCGCUACCUCCUCAUCCGUCGCACCAGCAUCCGGCGCCAUCUUGUUCCUCUCAUCGGGUGCAUAUGGAGUCGCCCUUACGGAUGUCCAGUGCUCCAUCGAUGAACUUGGGUGGUUCAUUGUCGCUACAACCCAUGCUGUACGGAGCUGCGAGCGCUGGUUCGGCUCACGUUCCUCUGCCGCCAACGAGACGCUCACCACGACCUUCCAACACUAUACAGCAGAUGCACGUUAUAAGCGCAAGCGAUGCAUUAGCGACCACGUUGUCCGCUCUCUACGGGAAGCUGUUGGUGGUCAUGGGUGUCGCCUUUCCCAUGGCCGAAGUCAUAUCAACGUACAUUCCACCCUCGUUUUAUGAGGGUUUCUAUUUGUACCUGUACAUCGGCAGCAUGGUGUUCCUCUUGUAUAUGUACGCUGCUCUCGUUAGGGACAGAACGCGAUCUGGAAAGGAAACCGCUAUUGUUGCAAAGUCAGAAUCUAGUUCGACGCCAUCCGAAUCGGAUUCGUGUUCAUCGCACGAACAAAGUACUACGACAACGACACACGCGAUCCCACAGUUACCCGCCAAGAGAUUAUCCCUCGGAUUUGCAUUGGCCACCCGGACGCAUCACUACGGAAGUUUUUAUUUGCGAAUGGGAGCUGUUGCUUUUGGUAUCGGAUCAAUGAUAUACUCCGGGCUGGAAUUUGGUCAGUACUGGGAACUGGAGAGGAACACUAAUUGUCACAACGUCCUGCUAGCGCUGACACCCGCCACCAGAAUGGCCUUCAUCUUCAUACAGAUGUACUUUAUCUUUCUCAACAACGAGAUGAAAGUAUACAAACACAAGAUUGUGGCCAGGUUCGGUUUAAUGCACAUGGUCGGAACUAACCUCAGCGUGUGGUUGAAUGUAUUGGUUCAGGAAACGAAACACGAGAUAUUGACCUUCUACGACCCGGAGAACAAGACCAUUGGACUUUCGCACAGACUAGCAUUCCAAAAGGCCUUCGCUUCUUUAGCUACUGAGGUGCCUCCAUCACAUCCGGCAGCGGCACAUCUCCGCGUUCCGAGAGGGCUGAAAGGACCGCAUCACAUUUUCGAAUGUAGACGUACUAACAUAAUGGGUACUCUCGUUCAAGAUGCAUCGCCUUUUUUGUUUCCUUGUACAAUUGAGUAUUCACUUAUCUGUGCGGCUAUACUUUACGUCAUGUGGAAAAAUAUCUCGAAAUAUCCGUCUAAAGACGUAGCGGCAGCAAUCGCCAAAGCUCGCAUACUCGAAGGCUUAGCUUACAAAAAGUCCCCACAUUUGUACAGCGUCGACUGCGCUAGAGCUCACAAGGGACUGUUUUUUGGAAUUCUCGUAUUAGUUCUAACGAUUAUAUCUCUAAUCUUGUUCUUCGUUUUGGUGUCUAAAAAGGAAUACGCUUCAUUGGCGGUUGUCGAAGUGAACAUGUGUGAAUUGGCUCUUUACGCUAUGACGACUUUAGCUAGUUUGGCCGGAAUGUUUUGUGUAAGAAAUCUAAAGUAUGACGGAAACCGAAAUCUCGAACUCGAUAACAUACUUCUUGUUGGAGCUCAAACUGGCAUGUUCAUUUAUGGCACGUUUACCAUCAUCGGAGGGCACUUCACUAUAGAAAAGAACACGAUUCUGAUUUUGAUCACUGCUUUAUCUUCGUUAAUCCAAACAACAUGUCAGACGAUGUUCAUAUUGGAUGCGAGUCGUCGGUCAGCUAAGACUCCUGAACAAUUGAGAAAAAAGCCUGGCAGGGAAAUAGUGACGUUCUUAUUGGUAACCAACUUAGCCAUGUGGGCGAUCAACACACUGGAGAAAUCGCGCGCCGAAUCUCAUCCAGUCCAGUUGCACUUUUACGGACUCUGGGCUUGGACGAUCAUAACGCAUGUCUCAAUGCCGCUAGCGAUUUUCUACAGAUUCCACUCGACCGUUUGCUUGUGUGAGAUUUGGAAGCGCGCUUACAAAAUGAAACCUGCCUACAUGUAGCGACGAAUCCGAAGGUAUUAAAGCCACCGGUAAAAUAUAAUUGACUUUUGUGUAACGCAUUCGUAAUUUUUUCGAAGUUAGUCGGUGUUGGUUUAUCUGGAUGAAAGUGCCAUAAUUACAUCUAAGUCGGAUGGAUAGUGAAUACCGGAACUAAUUUUAUUAAUCCUAUCAUUUUAUUAUUAUGAAUACAUAUUUAUAAACGUGUAGUUUUGAACAUGCUUAAUCUAUUAUAAUCCGGUGUACACUUAUCUUGAUAUUAGUUUCGAAGUUGACUGCUAUAUGUUAAGUUAUUGUAUUUAAAAUAUUUUAACGUGUUAUUUAUUUGUAGCUUUUUGAGACGCUUUAAUGUUAUUAGCGAAGGUGCGUGCGUUGUUGAUAUCAGUAUUUUGCGAAUAAACGGGUUUAUACGUUUGGUUUUAAUGCUUUAAACGUAGAAGUUAUUUUUUUUUCUCAUGAUUAUAGCGUUAAUAAAUGUAUAGUUAAAAUAUUGGAUAUAUUAUAAGUAGAUUAUGUGUUCGUCUUUCGUCAUGUUCAUUAAUUAGAUGUAGCUAGGUGUAAGUUGUUCCAAGAUGUGGCCCGCAUAAACAUUCCAGUUUUUUUAAUAGUUUUCUUUACUAUUUUAUUAACAUCCUCACGUACUCAGAUUUAAAUGACAAUGUCUUCCAUUAGAUUAUAUUGUUUUAUACACAUUUCUGUUAGAACACAAACCUGUAGACUGUAGAGUUAAAUGAUAAAGUAAAUACCUAAAUAAAACAUUUUCCAUAGUUAAAAUGGGAGCAAUGAAUUAUCGACCUAAUAUUUUUUUGGGAAUUUUGGAUGUUUUAUCGAAAGAAAAAAAAAAGAGUAAAAACUUGCAGUUACAGAUACAUGUACGAAGAGAUAAUAAUACGUUUUAUUAUUAUAACGAGUGUAAUCUUAUAGUCUGAAUUUAUAUUUGAGAUUUGUAGGUGUAUUUAUUCGGAUGGAAAUGUAGUGUCAGUAUUUUGGAUAAACUUUUAUUAGUAGAGAUUAACGUGCUGCGUAUCCAGUAAGUAGAUGAAAUAUGAACACCAAAGUUUUAUAAAGGGUAGGAAAUUUGGAGCUUACUAUUAUAGAUGUCAGAUCAUGACUCGGUCGGUACUACAAUACACAAUGUUACAAUAGAAUUAGCUAAUAAACAUUACGUCCAUUGCAUUAGGUUUUAUGAAGCAUAAAGCAUUCAUUUAUUGACAGAGAUAAAAAUAUUUAAAGAAAUUUUACGAGGUUCAUUUGGCAUUGCAUAGUUCAAAUGUAAUUUACAUUUCGUCUAGAAUUGCAUGUAACUAGAUUUAGAAAACUUUAUAUACCUUCUCAUAGUUUGAUGUCGUAAAAUAAGGUAUAAUCAAUCGUUUCUAAUAUUUGAAACUGUAACAAAUAAGCAAUUUUGUAGGUCAUAUUCAAAUAUUAAGAUUACAGAAGAAGUACCUUACAGAAAUACAUUACAGAUAACAGCUGAUUCUGUAGGCUCAAUCAAAUCUUACUUUAACUAAAGUGUUUCUAAGUUAUUCACGGAUAAUUAUUAUUAGGGCAGUAUAAUCGGAGUAUAAGAUGUAUCGGUUGAGUCUUACCUCUGUUUCCACUAUUAUUAAUAACUAAAGAUAUUGUUAGUAAUAUUUUACAGCCACGUGAGUGAACGCUGAAUAAUGUUCAUCAUGAUGACGGCAGGGUCACUAAAUAAUGUAUCAUUCCAACUAAUACAAAAAAAUAAAUAGUUAUUUAGUGACCCUACUCUUAUCGAUCCCAGAUGUAUCGAUUUGUUGAAUUUAAUUAAUCUCUGUAUUUCGAGUUUUUACUGUGUAGAUGUGUAUAAUAUGCGUUCAAAUACCUCAAAUUUUAUGUAAUUGCUGUUUUAUUGUGUUUAAUCAAUCGAUAUGUUAAAUCGUAUGCAUCUAAUUGUUUUUGCAUUUUCAUAAAAAUGACAAUUUGAGUUUUAUGUUGAACAAUUUUCUGUUGUCCUACAAGUUAAUGUACUACGCAGAAAAUAGUGCUUGUUAUUUUUAUAUUAUUAUUGUUUCGUGUUGAAUAAACACUAAUAAAAUAUUUGAUAGAUUUCUAUAACAACGCUCAAUGGUGUCCGCAUGACUAAUUUUUCAUAAGAUCUUUUUAAGUAACAGCUCAAAACAUUAGUCAACAAUUUGAUUGGUUUUAUUCAAACUAGAAUAUGAACUCAUCAAAUAGGAGGUUUGCAGCUGGUAAAAUGAUAAUUGAGAUAAUGAGAGAUUGAUGACUAUUUAAAUCCUGUAUGCCAUGAAAACACAUUGAAAUACACAUAAUAAUAUGUAUUAUAAAAUAUAUAAUAAUAUAUAGUAUAAGUGUUGUUUUGAAACGACCCGAUGAUAGUCCACAUGAAUUCUCAACUACAAUCAGUAUUUUUGUUAAAGAUAUUUUGAAUUUAAGGUGUAGUUAAUUUUGUUGUUAGUCGUCGACGAUCGCGUCAACGGUCGAUCGGGGAUCAUCGGGGUGACGCCCCGGGUCUGGUUGUAUUGUUGACCGUGGAAACCCGAGGUCAGAACCCGAUACCCGGAUUCUGACCUCGGGCGGAAAUCGAACGUCGGGAGUCGUUAGGUGGGUAGGGAUCUAAAACCAUCCUUUGGCCCGCGGUCAGCUCCGAACAUUUGUGGACCGUUAGUGCUUAUGUACCCCGCGCGCCCUCAUGCAUGAGGUUUGAUGCCAUGCCCGAAAAAAAAGUAACUACUUUGGCAGAACGAAAUUAACAGUAAAAGCGAUACAGCUUACAUUUGCUAAUCCUAGUACCGGUUCAGUGAUACUUUCAGUCUUAUGUUUAUAUGUAUAUAUAAUAUAUAAAUGCGAUGUAUUCAUGCGUUGAAAAAACAAUUAUAUAAUAUCAUGGAAUAUGUAACUUCAUACAAAUAAUACAAUACAUGAUAAACAGUUACAUCCACGUAUACAAAUUAAUAUGAUUUGUUGCUAUUUUAAUGUGUUAUUAUUUUAUUAUGUUAUUGUUGUAAGUGUGCAUCGUUAACUGCAUAUUUUAAUAUCUUUCGAUCUCUCGAAGAGAUUGCUCUUAGUAAUAGGACCGCCCAUUGUCCUUUUGUGUAGAACGUUUUGCAUUUGUUUUUCAUUAUCUUGACGUACAAUCAAACUUUCUAUGCUUCCUAGUACACGAGCCAGCAAUGCAGAUGUAGCAUUGAGGGUUCCGUAUAAAGGAAUUGCAUACUUUUACUGAAUACAAAUGAUCUUAUUGACCACCGUAUAUUUGUAUAUAA